AUGACAAAAUUUCAGAUUUUGAAAAAUCUGGCUGUCGUUAGCUUUGGAUUUUUCUCUCUGUUUACGGCAUUUAUUUCCAUCAGUAAUUUACAAACUAGUUUAAAUAUAGACGACGGUGUUGGACCAGGCAGUUUAUCUAUUAUAUAUGGAGCUUUGGUUCUCUCUUGUAUGUUUUUACCACCUAUUGUGAUCGCUCAUCUUGGUUGUAAAUGGACCAUAGCCAUUUCUAUGACUGGCUACAUUCUAUACAUGGGUGCCAAUAUGCAUGCCAUCUGGGCUCUGAUGGCCCCAGCAGCAGUGUUGUUAGGAUUAGGUGCUGCUCCGUUGUGGUCAGCUAAAUGUACCUACCUCACCCAGACCGGGGUUUGGUAUGCUAAAAUAACUAACCAAAGUAAAGAUGCCGUUAUCAAUAAAUUCUUUGGAAUAUUUUUUAUGUUAUUUCAAGCAAGCCAAAUUUCUGGAAAUCUGGUCUCUUCUCUUGUGUUCAGUAAAAACAACACCGAGUUAAAUUUAACAGAUGAUGUUUUACAAGGAUGUGGUGCGAAUUUUGAUCCAACUCAAACAACCAAUAAUACAAAUUUAGAAAGACCAGACCAAAAUAAGGUAUAUAUUGUCUGUGGAGUAUAUCUCGGGUUCGCUGUUAUAGCAGCUGUCAUCAUUGCCCUGUUUCUGGAUAAAAUAGAUUUAAAGAAAGAUAAGAACACCAAACCAUCAUUGAGUUUAUUGAUAGGAACAUUUCGUCAUCUUGCCACUAGUCCUGCUCAAAUAUUGCUGAUACCAUUGACCAUGUAUAGUGGAGUAGAGCAGGCUUUCUUUUCUGGUGAUUUUACAAGGUCAUAUGUGACCUGUUCUAUAGGAAUAUGGAAUGUAGGCUAUAUUGCUAUAUGUUAUGGGAUAGUUGACGCGAUUUGCUGCUUCACAUUCGGAAGAUUAGUCCAAUAUGUCGGACAUAUUCCAUUUUUUGCUCUUGCUGCAGUCCUGCAUGGAAGUGUCCAGGUGACGUUGUUGCUAUGGCUACCAGAUCCUGAUAUGAUAUAUAUUUAUUAUAUACUUGCUGGUCUAUGGGGAAUGGGUGAUGCUGUAAUUCAAACACAAAUUAACGCGCUCUACGGAUUUCUAUUCACGGAAAACACAGAAGCAGCCUUUGCCAACUACCGUCUUUGGGAAAGUUGUGGAUUUAUAUUUGCCUUUGCCUAUAACGACUACAUAGCAACGUAUAUAAAACUGUAUGUAUGUAUGGGAGUAUUAUCUGUUGGAAUGAUGGGGUACACUGCUGUGGAAUUUCUUCAGAGAUCGAAAGCCGGCAAAUCUUACGACAUUUCCAAGAAUUGA